AAAAGAUAGGGUAGACGUCAGUUACGUUAAUACCUCUCUGUUUCUUUCUCUCUCUAUUCUCUCUCUCCAUUCUCUCUCUCCCCAGCUGCUGAAGUUUUCUGGGUAGCACGGCUCUAGACCUCUGGUAGAAACAAAAUGAUUAUCAACCGUCUCAUUCGAUCCGUUGUUCGAGCCAAUACCGCCCAGAGUCGUUCAUACAUAAAACAUGUUGCAACUUAUAGAAGUCUGCAGGAGCAUAUGAUUGGGACUCCUUUACUGGCCAGAUGGAAUAGUACAGAAGCAACUCUGCAGAAGGAUGUUUCAGAAAACCACAAUAAAGGAUUUAAGGGGCAUGAUAUGCUGGCACCUUUCACUGCUGGGUGGCAGACUAAUGAUUUGCAUCCUUUAGUAAUAGAAAAGUCAGAGGGUUCCUAUGUAUAUGACACAAAUGGAAAAAAGUAUCUUGAUGCUCUUGCUGGUCUGUGGUGCACGGCAUUAGGUGGAAAUGAACCUCGUCUUGUUGCUGCUGCAACUAAACAAUUAAAUACCUUGCCAUUUUACCACUCCUUCUGGAAUCGUACUACAAAACCCUCUUUGGAUCUUGCAAAGGAACUUCUGGAAACAUUUACAGCAACUAAAAUGGCAAAAGUCUUUUUCACAAAUAGUGGAUCAGAAGCCAAUGACACUCAGGUGAAGCUGAUUUGGUAUUACAACAAUGCGCUUGGAAGGCCAAACAAGAAGAAAUUUAUUGCUCGAGCAAAAUCAUACCACGGGUCAACUCUUAUUGCUGCUAGUCUUUCUGGCCUUCCUGCACUUCAUCAAAAUUUUGAUCUGCCGGCACCAUUUGUAUUGCAUACGGACUGUCCUCAUUAUUGGCGUUAUCGUCUUCCAGAUGAGACGGAAGAGGAGUUCUCAACAAGGUUAGCCGAUAAUUUGGAGAAUCUUAUCCUCAAAGAGGGACCGGAGACGAUUGCUGCUUUCAUUGCAGAGCCCCUCAUGGGGGCAGGGGGUGUGAUACCUCCCCCUGCAACUUAUUUUGAGAAGAUACAAGCUAUAGUGAGAAAAUAUGACAUUCUUUUUAUUGCCGACGAGGUGAUCUGUGCAUUUGGGAGGCUUGGAACACUGUUUGGCUGUGAUAAGUACAACAUCAAACCAGAUCUUGUCUCGAUAGCAAAGGCUCUAUCAUCUGGAUACAUGCCCAUUGGAGCUGUUCUCGUGAGUCCUGAAGUCUCAGAUGUCAUUUAUUCCCAAAGCAACAAACUUGGGUCUUUCUCUCACGGAUUUACUUAUUCUGGGCACCCUGUAUCGUGUGCUGUUGCAUUGGAGACACUCAAGAUCUACAAGGAGAGUAAUAUUGUCGAGCAAGUGAAAAGCAUAUCCCCGAGGUUUCAAAAUGGCAUAAAAGCCUAUUCUGACAGUCCCAUCAUUGGGGAGAUAAGAGGAACAGGUUUGAUUCUUGGGACAGAAUUUACGGAUAACAAGUCGCCUAAUGACUUGUUCCCGACUGAAUGGGGUAUAGGUGCAUAUUUUGGAGCAGAAUGUGAGAAGAAUGGGAUGUUAGUACGUGUUGCCGGAGAUAAUAUAAUGAUGUCUCCUCCUUUUAUAAUGACCCCUGACGAAGUUGAUAAGCUAAUAAGCAUCUAUGGAAAAGCAUUGAAGGCUACUGAAGAAAGGGUGAAAGAACUCAAGUCUCAGCACAAGUAAUUGUUGAUAAAUGUGGAUGAUGAUGGUGAAAAAUAUGAAUGGCAUAUGUAAAGGAGACUUUUAGUUGUGAAAGAGGCAUGUCAUGACAUAUCAAUAAGUUUUAUGUAUGGUAGACCCUUUAAUCCAUUUCCUGCUCUACAUUUUUCUUUCAAGAUUUUGAGUAAAUGAUAUGGUGGGGGUAUUUAGGGCCGUUAGUUUAUGCAAAAGCACG